AAGUAGGAGUUCAAGAGACAUCUAUCCAUUGAGAUGGAGGAUAAUCAGAAGAACAGCAUUAGUCCUGUGACCAGCCUGGCUGGACGCUGGUCACUGAAUGGAGCCACAGCUUUGGUCACUGGAGGUACCAAAGGAAUUGGGCAUGCCAUAGUGGAGGAACUAGCAAAGUUUGGAGCCUCUGUGUAUACAUGUUCUCGCAAUGAAGCUGAGCUUGCUGAAUGCCUGAAACAAUGGGAAGGCAAGAAUUUCAAGGUCACUGGAUCAGUUUGUGAUGUGUCUUCCAGGAUUGAAAGGGAGAAACUAAUGGACAAUGUCUCUACUUUUUUCCAAGGAAAGCUUGACAUACUUAUAAACAAUGCAGGGGCUGUUUUAACAAAGCCCACGGUGGAAUGCACUGCAGAGGAUUAUUCAUUCAUGAUGACUACCAAUUUUGAAUCUGCACUCCAUUUAAGCCAACUAGCUCAUCCCCUGAUGAAAGCUUCAGCUUCAGCUUCAGCUUCAGCAUCAGCAUCAGCAAGCAUAGUGUUCAUUUCCACCAUUGGUACUCUACGGGUUUAUGUAGGAUCAGCUAUGUAUGCAGCAAGUAAAGGAGCAAUGAAUCAACUGACCAAGCAUCUAGCAUGCGAGUGGGCGAAAGACAAUAUCAGAGUCAACUGUGUUGGACCUUCAGUCAUUAAAACCACACUCAUUGAAAACCUUGGCCUUGGAAAUGCAUUCUUGGUGAGUGAAAAAUCUCAGGUCCCUCUUGGGCGGCUUGGCGAACCAGAGGAAGUGGCAUCUGUUGUGGCUUUCCUUUGCCUUCCUGCAGCUUCAUAUGUUACUGGUCAAAUCAUCUACGUCGAUGGAGGACGAACACAGACUUGGUAGAAUAUUGGACAUCAACUUUUGAAUUUGAAGAACCUAGACCUUUCUUUAUCAAGAACGUGAAGGAAAUAACCUACUCUUUAUAUUCUCUGUCUUAAUGCAUCACUAGUUUUUUUCUUUUUUUGUUUGUUUGCUUGUUGCUGUAUUGUGUAAUAAGGGAUAUUCUUCUUCUUGUUUAUACAAGAAAGUGGAAUCCCAUGUUCUCUCUCUCAUUCUAAUUUGAGAUUAUAUGGAAUGUCA